GAAUGUGACGACUCAUGAAACGCUCCCACCCAAUAUGCGACCACCCCAUCCUCCUCCUCCUCGAGGCCAAAACCCAAACCCCGGCCACCUUCAAAGAAAUCCACGCCCAAUUCAUCACCAGCGGCCUCGCUCUCCACACGUACCCCCUCAGCCGCCUCCUUCUUGCCGCCUCCCUCCCCCCGCUCUCCUCCGCCCUCGGCCUCUCCCACGCCGCCUCCAUCGUCCGCCGCGCCUUCCGCCCUUCCGCCUUCCUCGCCAACACCCUCCUCUCCUCCCUCGCCGCCCACGGCCACACCCAACUGGCCCUCUCCCUCUACUCCGAGCUCCUUCUCAGCCGUUUCGACUCCCCCAAGCCCAACAACCACACCUAUCCCUCUCUCCUCAAGGCCUGCUCUCAGCCACCGUGGCUCCCCCACGGCCUCGCACUCCACGCGCAUUUGAUCAAAUGCCUCGACGGCGGCGCGCUCGAUCCCUUCGUCCGAGCAGCCCUUCUCAGCUUCUAUUCAAAGUGCGGCAAAUUGGCCAUCUGCCGCCACCUAUUCGAUCAAAUUUCUCAACCAGACUUGCCCGCUUGGAACUGCAUUCUAGCAGCCUAUGCUCGCUGUUGUAAUAAUGCUGAGAGCAACGGUUCUGGCAUGGAGACCCUGUUUCUCUUUCAAAGAUUGCAGCUUUCUUCGACUCGGCCCAAUGAGAUCACUCUGGUGGUUUUAAUCAGCGCUUGUGGUGAUUUGGGGGCUCUGAGUCAAGGCAUGUGGGCACAUGCCUAUGUGGAGAGGAACGAUUUAGUUGUGAAUUGCUUUGUGGGCACAGCUUUGAUUGAUAUGUAUUCAAAAUGUGGGCGAUUGGAUCUUGCUGAGCAAGUGUUUGCUGGUUUACCUAAGAAAGAUACGCACUGCUAUAAUGUGAUGAUUCAUGGACUUGCAAUUCAUGGGCACGGGCGGCGUGUGUUUGGUUUGUUUGAUAGGAUGAGAAGUGAGGGGGUGGUGGUCGAUGAUGUGACAUUGGUGGUUGUGAUUUCUGCAUGUGCUCAUGCUGGAUUGGUCGAUAAGGGUCAGCAAUACUUUGGUAGAAUGCAGGUUGAUUUUGGGAUUGUACCCAAAAUUGAGCAUUAUGGAUGCUUCUUGGACCUUUUGGGCCGAGCUGGGCGUUUUGAGGAGGCUGAGGAAGUGAUACGGCAAAUGCCGGUGAAGCCUAAUGCAGUGAUGUACAGGACAUUGCUAGGGGCAUGUAGAAUUCAUAAUAAAUCAGAGGUGAGAGAGCGGAUGAUUGAAAAUUUGAUACAGUUGCAACCGGAGCAUGGAGGCAACUACGUCUUGUUGUCAAAUAUGUAUGCAGAUACUAAUCGGUGGGAUGAUGUUAGGAGAGUGAGGAAGGUGAUGAAGGAUAAGGGAAUAGAUAAAACCCCUGGUUCUAGCUUGGUUGAGAUAGAUGGAGCAAUACAUGAGUUUCUGAUGGGAGACAAAACACAUCCAUAUUCAAAGCAGAUCUAUUCCAUGUUGGAUGAGAUGGAUAAGAAACUACACGAAUGUGGGCACAGGCCAAGCACCAAGGAAGUGUUGUUUGAUGUUGAAGAGGAGGACAAGGAAGAUGUGCUCUCAUACCACAGCGAGAGAUUGGCAAUUGCCUUUGCUCUUCUUGCUUCUGCUUCAAGUGCACCCAUCAGAGUUAUAAAGAAUCUUAGAGUGUGUGGUGACUGCCACUCUGCUACAAAGCUCAUUUCUUGGAUCUAUAGAAGAGAAAUAAUUGUGAGAGAUCGAAAUCGGUUUCAUCAUUUUAGUGAUGGUAAAUGUUCUUGUUUGGACUACUGGUAGAGAUUUCAAAGAGGAGUGUAAUUAGAUCAACAACAAAAAUAAUUAAGCAAUAAAGCAACUCUGCAGAAUUAAGAACGGGUAGCUUUACAGUUCAGAUUUGACCUAGAUGAUUCACCUUUUUUUUCUUCUCACCUGUUGUGUAGCUCAGAUCAAUUUGGUUGUUCCAUACUUGGUGGCAAUCUCAAACAUUGAGUGAGGAAUUUUAAAACUGUGGGUGAUCAAUGUUCUCUUGGAAGAAAACAUUGUUCAGAGUAUAUGAUCUUGUAAUGGAUUUUCUUCAACUUUCAUGCUCCUUGUAGUGCAAGGUAGAAUGGAAGCUAAAUGUUCUUUUGGAAAGAAACAUUGUUCAGACUGUGGUCUUGUAAUGUAUUUUCGGCAACUUUCAUGCUCCUUGUAGUGCAAGGUAAAAUGGAAACUAAUUUGAGCUACAAGGAUUGCUUGUAAAGCUCUUGGAUGUAGGUUUGGGAGGACGAGCUACCAUGUUUUCUUAUUAAUUUUCAUGCUUCUUGUAUUGCACAUGCCCUGUUCUUCCUGUAGAAUGGUAUGCUACUCAAUUUUCAGAACAAAUAUGACAAAAAAAUAAAUAGCAAGAAAAAGAUGGUGGAACAACAAUUAUACUGAG